UUAAGGUUGAUAUAGAAUUCUGUUAACUAUAGUAUUGUUAAUUCUAUGCUAAAAUAGAGAUAUGAGAAACUAUUUGGAACUUUUUUAAAGAUAUUUUGAAAAGAAAGACAACUUUGAAAAGAAGCAUAGUUGCAAAAAUUAAUUAUGUCAUUCCGUAAUAAGCUAAAGAGUUUGAUUACAAAAGAGAAUGAUGGAGCGUUUAAUGUUCAUAUUCAUGUUAAUGAAGCAACAACUGCUACAAAUGAUUUCAUGCAGCAAGAGAGCAUGCUUCGGGAAUUUGCUGAUGAUCCAACUCCUGACAAUGAGGUAAUAGAGAGCAUUGAGAAAAUCUACUUUAGUAACAUGGAGUUUGAUGCAAGUUCAUAUGAAUUAGAGAAACUUCCUGAAGUUCUUAUUGAAAAAGAUCUUGACAGCUACAGAAAUACUCUUCGGCGUCAACUCCAAGCAGUUUCAAAGGAAAUGUCAAAAAAGAUUCUUGAAAAACAAACAGCAUAUGUCCGAGAGCUUGAUAGAGUCAUGGAUUUGGAAGCUAAUUUAAAGAGAGCUACUGUUAUAAGUACUAAAGGAAGAGUGCGUCUUGAACAAGCAAAACAAGAAAUUGUAGUUGGUAGCUUAGGAAUUCUUGCAAAAAACCGCAAAAAAUUAUAUCUUGAAAAAGUUCUUGAAUCGCUCAGGUUUAUAAAAACAUUGCAGCAGACAGAUAUGCGUCUAAAGGAACUCUUGCAGGAAAACAACUAUGCUAGUGCUAUUCAACUCUGCUUGGAAUGCCAGCAUGCUGCAGUUACAUUUCAUCAAUAUAAAUGUAUUAAUGAACUGAGCUCUAAUUUGCAAGAGCUGUUAGAACAAAUAGAGAUUCAGCUUGAUGUCGCACUGUCAAGGAUCUGUUUGAAAUACAUUGAAGCUGAUUAUACCAAAAUACAAGAAGCAUACAAACUUUUAGGAAAAACACAGAUUUCAAUGGAUCAGCUUCAAAUGCAUUUUGUAAGCUCUAUAAAUGUUUCAGCAGUAAGAACACUUAUUGAUAUUUUUACUGAAGCUCAAGAUUUACCUGAAGAUAUUUCAUAUGUGUCUUUGUGUAAGAACAUUCCAUUGGAACGUUUCAUUGUUUGUUUGACAAAUUUGUGUAAGGUAUUUUGGGAUAUAAUGUACAGCUAUAGUCAAACUGCAAAGUGGCACCAAAACCAACCUGAACUUGAGAAAGACAUAAGUUCCCAGUAUGAUAAAGAGUAUAUAUGUAAAAAGUUAGAACAAGGCAAAGUUAGGAUUUGGCAGGAUAUACAAAGUAAAAUAAAAGUUUACGUUUCAUCAACAGAUUUUUCAUAUUUCAAAUAUGAUGAUUUUAUACAUAUUUUGGAUUUAAUAAACAGAUUAAUCACCAUUGGAGAAAAUUUUAGUAUGAAUAGUACAUCGUCACAAAUGCUACAGGAUUGUCUUCGAGUUCAAACUGAAAACUACUUUAAAGCUUAUCACAGAAAGACAAUAGAAGAGUUACAUAUGUUUUUGGAAAAUGAAGCAUGGGAGUUGUGUCCUGUAAAAAGUAAUUUCACCAUAUUAGACAUGCAGGAGUUGCACUUUAUCAAAACAAGGUUAUUACCAAAGUCACCUAGCAAUUCAGAUAUCUCUUCUGGAAAAACUACAUUGGAUACCAGUAUGUUUAAUUAUGAGAAAACUCCUUUUGACUGUUUUGCUGUGGAAGACACACUCUAUCAAGAAAAUGUUUAUGGAUACGAAGAUGAUGAUGAUGAUGAAGUAGAUGUGCUUGAUGAAUUAAAACGAGACUUUGUUGAUGAAAAGACUGGUGAAGAAAAUCAGUCAAGGCCAUCUGUGAAAAUUAGUAAAAAGAUUGAUGUUCAUGAGAAAUCACCAAUUGUAACCAACACUACUAUAAAUGUUUUAAGAUCAUUUGGAAAGUACAUGCAAAUGAUGAUUGUGUUGAAGCCAAUUGCAUUUGAAGUUGUAAAUUGUAUGUCUCAAUUAUUCGAGUACUACUUAUAUUCUGUUUUUACCUUUUUUGCAACAUACUCAGAUGGAAAUUUUGAAAAUAACGUGUUGAAAGUGGAUGAAAAGUUAAGGGCAUGCUUAACUAGGAUACAUAACAGUAUUAUACUUAUGGAGGAAAGUUCUAUUGAUGAUGCACAUAAAAUAUCUUCACCAUUACUUUCUCCUAUGAUUAAUCUAAGGAAUCCAAAUGAUUUGUUUGGAUUUGUGCAUCGUGUAAUCGGAGUAGAAUCAUUAUUAUUUUUAUCCAAACAAUUAUUAACAGUAUAUCAAAGCUUAGUUGUUCUUGUUCCACCAAACAAGCAAGCAUUCCUAAGACAGUUUUAUAGUCAGACAGUCGAUAUUGUUAUUGAAUUGAGAGAUCCGAUUUUCAAACCUAUCGCCGAAAAAGCUAUUGAUUAUAACAAGAUACUAAGUAUGAUGGCAUCUGUUAAAUGGGAUCCUAAAGAAAUUAUGUCUCAACACAACCGAUAUAUUGAUAUCAUAGUAAAUGAAUACGAAGUACUCAAUUCAAAGCUACAGAAGGUUUGCAGCUCUGUUCCGAUACCUGCUGAUACUGUUACAGGAUUUUGGAGUCAUAUCAUAUCACAGACUAAUAAACUUUUUGUAGAUGGUUUUUCAUCAGUGAAACGAUGCACAAACGAAGGAAGAGCACUAAUGCUGUUAGAUUUUCAACAAUUUCUCAUGAAGAUUGAAAAAAUUACUAAAGUCAAACCAAUACCUGAACGUGAUUAUGUUGAAAAUUACAUCAAAGCAUUUUACUUAGUUGAGACUGAUCUAGAGAAUUGGCUGAAAGAACACCAGGAGUAUACACCUAAACAGCUAAACAAUCUUGUCACUUGUGGUACUAGCUCCCAUAUUGGGAAAAAAAUGAAACAAAAAAUGUUGAGUCUCUUAGAAGACCUUGAAUCAAAAUCGUCCUCAUAGUCAUUGUUCUUGUCUCGUAAUCGUUUUUGUGUUAUAGCAAACAUUUUUUUAUGAAAAAGUUGUAAAUAAA